AUGGUUUCCAACGUUAAAAUUGCAUUUCUGUUAUUUAUGAUUCUUUUCAUUCAUGUUGGUCAGGCAGCAUUUAGUCGAGUACCACCACCGCCGAUAAGUUCAAAGCCUCUGCUUACAAGAGAUGAUUUGAAACACUAUUUACAAAAAGUGCAUGAAUAUCAUUCAAUUCUUGGUCGAUGGCGUCUUCGACGGGACUUUCAUAAACAUUUAUCAACAAAUGCUUUGAAUGAUGGUUUUAUGAAAUACUAUGACAACAAAAAUGAUCAUGUUAAAACGAAUUUAAAAUUUCCCAAAACAUCGAAAUAA